AUUGUUAGACGGAAGCGUGAUUUUGGUGAGGAGUUGGUCGUGCCUAUUCGUUCGUUAAGCUCUCCCUUUCUUCUUCCCCCAUUUCCCCAUCCCUUCUCUCUCUCUCUCUCUCUCUCUCUCUCACAUCCAUCCUCGUCGGUUGUUAUUGCCAUUGCUGUUGGUGCUGCUGCUGUUGUUGUUAGGUUGUUGACUCAAGUUGAAGCAACCGUUUUCUUCAAUUUCCCUAACAACAACAACACCUUGAUGGCUUCUUCAUCUUAUCUUUGCUUGAGAUUUCUCCCUCGUAAUCAGCUCAAACCUACAUGCUUGCCUCCGCUCUGAAUUUUUUGUUGUCGUCGUCUGGUGGACAACGGUUGUCGUGACCUCAACAUGUCCAGGAAUUCGGAUUAUCAGCUGCCUCUGCCGUCAAAGAGAAAGGGCCGGGGCCUCUUCCCACCAGAUGCCCUUCUUCUUUUCAUCUGUUUCAUUUUCAGCGUAUUCCGGUCUUCCAUGGCUCUAAGGCCUCUCAAAGAAAGGUCUACUGCUUCGUGGGGCGAUGAGCGGCUAUUUAUUCGAAGAGAUGAAAGCGAGUUGGGUCCCUAUUCUGCUUGGAACAUAACGGGUACCUAUAGAUUUGGAACAUGGAGCUUCCUGGGAACCACCAAUAACUCUUCUAGGUUUCCUGAUUUUGGAAAAUCGACCGGUAAUUCUAUCUUGGAGUUAGUGACUAGUCCGACAAAGAUAACUGGUGUACAUUAUGUACAGGGGGCAAUCAUUUUUCAUGACGUGUUCGACAAUGAGCAUGAUCUGGGGGUUACACAGAUCAGAGUGGAAGGUGUAUAUAUAUGGCCUUUUAGACAGCUUCGAAUGGUAGCCAAUAGUGGAACAGAUGGAGAGAUGAGCCAAGAAGAGGAUUACCUUUUGUCCAAUCCAUAUCACUUGCUUGGAGUUUUCUCAUCUCAGGUGUUUCAAGAGUCUCCCCAGGAUAAAAUCCGGAGAAGGAAAAAUUCAUUUUCUUAUGACAUGGAGAAACACUGUAAUUUAGAGAUUGCAGCGUUACUUCCUUAUAUAGUUUAGAGUCAUUUUUCAUUGGGCAAUGGAGAUCGUGAUCAUUACCAUUUGGAAGGAUUAAUGGAGAGUCCUGCUGUGGAUGAUGAUGGAGAAUGCUUGUCCCCGAUUGUUCUAAAUGCAACUUCAGUCAAUAUUGAGGUCUACUACAACAAAGCGGUUAAUUAUACCUUGAUGGUCACAUUUGUCUCUUUUCUUCAAGUUCUUCUGUUGAUUCGACAAAUGGAACACAGCAAUACUCAAUCUGGUGCUGCUAAAGUUUCUAUUUUGAUGAUUGGACAGCAAGCCAUCAUGGAUGCUUAUCUCUGUCUUUUACAUCUAACUGCUGGGAUACUAGUUGAAUCUCUGUUUAAUGCUUUUGCCACAGCUGCCUUCUUCAAGUUUGUUGUCUUCUCCAUUUUUGAGAUGCGAUAUCUUCUUGCGAUAUGGAAGGCAAGUAGACCCAUGGGUACAGGAGAAGGUUGGGAAGCAAUGAGGCGUGAGUUGUCGGUUCUCUACAGCCGUUUCUAUGGCAUUCUUUUGGGUGGCAUUUUGAUCAUGUAUGAGCUCCAUAACUUCCUGCGGCCCAUUCUCCUCAUUAUGUAUUCCUUUUGGGUACCUCAAAUAGUCACUAAUGUCAUCCGCGACACCAGAAAACCGUUACAUCCUCAUUACAUACUAGGCAUGACUGUAACACGAUUAGCAAUUCCAUUGUAUGUCUUUGGUUGCCCAAGCAACUUCGUGCGCAUUGAGCAGGACAGGAAUUGGUGUAUAUGUUUGGGGGUUUUCAUGUGUCUCCAAGCAUUAAUUCUUCUUCUUCAACACUAUCUCGGAUCUCGGUGGUUCAUUCCUCGUCAGAUCCUACCUGAUAAAUAUAGCUACUAUAGAAGGCUAGAGAAUGGCACAAGUCAUGCUACCGACUGUGUUAUUUGCAUGACUGCCAUCGAUCUGACACAGCGACCCAACGAUUGCAUGGUGACACCUUGUGAUCAUUUCUUCCAUUCCGGCUGCUUACAAAGAUGGAUGGAUAUAAAGAUGGAAUGCCCGACUUGCCGGCGUCCCCUGCCUCCAGCCUAGGAUUUAUAAUCCUCUGUAUAUUAUUUUCAACAGAUGUUUCUUGAUGUGCAUUCGACUUACAAAGGGAUCUCGGGUACCGACGGAAGCAUGGAACAAUUCCUUCAUUAUCGUUUUGGGAAUGCUUUAGGAAAGGUGGAGAAUGAUUGUUCGAUGCUGUUGUUGUGCUCCUGAAGAGAACUAAUUUUUGGGUUUCAGGUAGUAAAUUGCAAGUGCGGGCACAAGUGUUUAAAAUACGUUUUUAAAGGCAAAACUGGAAGCCCUCUUCUUUUUUUUUUUUCUUUUUCUUUUUCCUUUUCUUUCUUUUACUUCCACCAAAAUCUCAACUCUAAACUGUCAAUGUGGCGCACCAAUUGUAGCUAGUGUAUUAUUUGUACAACGUAUAUAAUAUUGCUCACAGGAUGAUCUCAAUACAAAAUUGUUGUUUCCAUAA